GGUCUCCUAUUAGCACUAAAUAAGACACUGUAACCAACAGCUACACAGUGCAACUUAUAAACACCUACACCUUCUCCAUGAAUCUGACCUGUGGAUACAGAUGACUGGUACAAACCCAUUUAUCUAACUACAAGUGAACUCCACCAGUUUCCACAGGACAAACUCUCAUACCAUCAGAAUAAUGUGAAAGAACAAUAAAACACAGCUUAUACUUUCUGGAUGCUCCAGUGAUUAUUAACUUACUAUAAAGAAACUAGAACAUGUCACCCUGUGUUCAGGGUUGGAGGUACAGUCAGGUUUAAUGUACACACCUGUAGCGCUCUGCUAUAGCACAUGCCACAUAACCGCAGCGUCCAUGGUUUGAUUCUGGCUGGAGGCCUUUGUUGUGUGUCGUACUUCUCUGUCUCACCCAUGUUUCCUGUUUGCCUCUUCGCUAUUAACUGUCAAAUAAAAGAAAAAUCUGACAGUUUAAAGACAGGUCUAUGCUUUGAAAAACUUGUCUUUAUUCAAGGCAGUGAAACCUUGGAGAAAAGAUGAUGUCCUGUGUGUUCUAUGAGUGUGUGGUGGGAGGGACUUAGAGAAGCCAUGUAGAGAUGAGUGUCAGUCGUCAGUAGUGAAACAGUGUGAGAAGAUGAAGCUUCUACUGAGCAGUCUGCUGCUGGCCUCUCUCUGUGCUCUCUCAUCUUGGAGUGUUUCAUCUGCAGGCACACUUGUUGUGACCCAGACUCCUGAUGUCUCUGUGAUGGAGGGGGAGACAGUGAACAUCAGCUGCUGCUGGGAAGGACAGUCUGAUCAAAUCAAAUUUAAGUGGCUGAAAACUCAAACAGAAAAUAUAAAUGAGUCUAACAGAUUGAAGGAUCAACAUCAAGAAUCUCUGAAAAAUGAGUCUAUCACUGUUCAACUUUGACCUUUUUAAAUAUCACAAGAGAGGAUUCAGACAGAUACAUCUGCAAACUGACUGUGGAGAUACCAUUUAUAAUUCAGGCCAAGGAAUUGGUACAGUCAUCACAGUUAAGACCAGAGGGAGCACAGGAGACAACACAGCUGAUGGAGGAUCAUCACCCGGUGGUCAUCACAUUCCCAUGAUCGCUGCUGUGGCUGUAGUGGCUACAUUGCUCCUCAUCAGUCUCACCUGUUUCUGUACUCUGCGAUGGAAACAAGCACAAGCAGCCAGGGUGAUCUAUGAGGUUCCCCACAUUGACUCUGAGGUGGCAGAGAUGGACAAACACAGCACCAACUCCUCCACAGGCUCCACUGAAUGGUGUCAGGUGCCAGUAUAUGAGUCCUGUGAUUACUUUGAGCGCGUUCAGACAAAAGAAAGCAGAUGAGGAUCUGAAGCAGUGGAAUUUCUUCAUUUCUUCUAAUAUUCUCUAUGCUUACUUUUCUGCAUGUAUAUAAUGUACAUUCAUUUACUCACCUUUAAGUGAAUUAUGUCAAGAUAAGAGUGCAAAUAUGUCCUGUUUUUCUAUAAACUAAGUCUUGUCCAUC